GAAAAAAGGCGGCCAUCUUUUAAGGAUUUGAGAUUUUUCCUUUUUUCAACAAAUGGUAUGAUUAACCCCAAACUGUUCGACAUAUAGCACAACAGCAUAAUCAUGUCUUUUGACUUUGCCAUCCCCAUGUGUAAAGAGGAGCUGUUGAAUAGGACAGGAGUUAAUCAGUAUGUUGUAGAUGAGGUGCUCAGCAUUAGGCAGCUACAAAAUGCAUUGAGAGAGUACUCCUCUGCCAGAAGAUCACAAGGCCCUCUAGCUAUUAUACAACACUUUGACACAUUCUAUAGCAUACUCAAGCAACUCUCGCAAGUGGACAAUGAGGUGAAAGAAGAUGCAUGGGAAUCUAUCAUUAAGUCAGUGUCUUCCCAUGCUAAUCUGCUGCCUAACAUGCUGGAUGAGGCAAGCAUUGAACAUCAUUCAAAAAUGGAACAUCUGAACACAUUGAAAAUGAACUGCUAUCUCCUGUGUCAGUUUAUUGAAAUAUUUGAAGCGGAUGCAACUAAACCAUCUGUAACAGUCAAUGCUAAGGGUAAAGGCAAAAAGAAGAAAGCUGCUGAUAUGUCUUGGGAUUGGGAGGGUGAGAGAGAGAGAGCUAUGCAAGCUAUGUCUCAGCUCUUACAACUUAACAUACACAGACUAUGGGACCCUCCUGUGGUAGAAGAAGAAUUUGUCAAUUUGGUGACAAGCUGCUGCUAUAAACUGUUGGAGAAUCCUACAAUAUCUCGUGUCAGCAGUAAACCAACCAGAGACGCAAUCUGUCAGAUAUUAGGCAUGAUGAUAAAGAAGCACAACCAUUCACUCAGUGCAAGUUUAAAAAUUGUCCAGCUGCUGCAACACUUUGAGCAUCUGAUCAGCCCCUUAGCCCAAGCUGUACAAAUGUUUGCAACUGAGUUUGGGGUUAAGACUGUUGUUAGUGAGAUAAUGAGGGAAAUUGGAAGGAUAGAUGCCCAGGAUCUUGUAAAGGAUGCCUCGGGGACUCGCGGCUAUUCAGGUUUCCUUGUUGAACUUGCUGAAAGAAUUCCAGCAAUCAUGCUUCCGAGCAUCAGUGUUAUCCUAGGUCAUCUGGAUGGAGAGUCAUACAUGAUGCGCAAUGGUGUGGUAGGUGUCAUGGGGGAGAUAGUUAUGAAAGUACUUAGCAAGGAAGACCUAGAUGACAAACUGAAAGCAACUAGAGAUCAAUUUUUAGACAAAUUAGAGGAUCACAUACAUGAUGUUCAUGCGUUCACAAGGAGCAAAGUCCUUCAAAUCUGGUUGAAUAUUGUCAAGGAGAAAGCACUUCCAUUGCCGCGGCAACAGCAUGUUGUAGAGCUUGUGAUUGGUCGACUCCAGGACAAGUCUAGUUCAGUGAGGAAAAAUGCAAUUCAGCUUGUGACAGCUCUGUUGCGUAGUAACCCAUUUGCAGCAAAGCUAAGCUUAGAAGAGUUGAAAACAAAUUAUGAGAAAGAAAAGGAGAAAUUGCAUGAGAUGGAGCCUGAAGAAACACUCCCAGCUGUGCCAAAUGACCUUAUGAUCCAAGAAGAGUGGCAAAAGGUUGAAUCAGCUAUAGAGGUUGCUAUUAAAGCUGUUAUGGAGGCAAGUGAUGAAGAGGAAGAUGAAGAUAAUGCUCCCAAGAUUGGUGAAGGGGAAACAAUAGAUAAUGCUAUGGAGUGCAUCUACAACAACAUCACAAGUGAGGAGUAUAAGAAGGCCGUUCAACUGACCCAGAUGGCUAAGGAGCAGUGGCCAGAGCAUGAUCUCUUCAACCCAAGUAAUGUAAAUGUACAAGGAGAUGAUUCGGAUGUUGAAUCUGAUGAAGCAGUUGGUACCGAACCUUGGAAAUGUCUCCAGUGUCUCAAAUCUAUCUUUUUGGGCAUGGCCGAGCUCCCAAAAGCUGACCAGAACCAAAAUGAAGACAAAGACAAAUCUAAGCAAACUGAGCAGGAAGCAAAUGAACUCGCCAAACAACAGGUCCUUGUACAAUAUCUCAAGGACUGUAUGAUAUUCACUGGCCAAGUACAGCAGGCUAUACCAGUAAUCUGCCAGCUUUUGGGCUCCAAGAACACCACAGACAUUCUAGAGGCAAUGGAAUUCUUUGUGACAGCAUUUGAGUUUGGCGUCAGCAAUUCAAUGCUAGGGAUCCGCCGUAUGUUGGCAUUGAUUUGGUCCAAGGAACAAUCAGUGAAAGAUUCCCUAGUGGUUGCCUACAAAAGACUCUAUUUAUCACCUGUGGGGGGAACUGCAAGACAACAAUCUCUGGCCAUAGUAAAGAACCUGACUGCAUUAACAUAUGGGGCCACCUUGGGUGAUCUCACCUCACUGGAGGAAAUGGUGUGUGAAUUUGCUAAAUCCGAGGAUAUUGACAGUGGUGUCAUCAAGAUGCUUUGGGAGAGAUUUGCUAAGAAGGUUCCAAAUACAUCUGAUGAAGAAAGCAGAGGAGCUCUCUUGCUUUUAGGAAUGGCUGCUGGGCAUGAGGAGAAUAUAAUUAAAAGUAAUGUUGAUGUACUGGUGUCUGAAGGACUGGGUGAAAGAGGCAAGAACGACUUCCAGUUAGCUAAAGACACAUGUAUUGCUUUGCUCAAACUAGGAGGAACAAAAAAGGCAAAGGCUGGUAGCUUUGUUGAGCCAUUCCGUUUUCCUCAGGACCAUGAUAUCUUCACAAGACUUGCAGAUAUCCUGGUUGCAGGGGUUUCAAAUCUUGAGAGUCCCUUCUGGGUUCCAAUGGGCGAGCAGGCCAUUAAUGUUAUCUACAAGCUGGCUGAACACCCAGAUGUCAUAGCCACAGAUAUUGUAAUGAGAUUAAUCAAGGAGAUUAAGGGAACAUCUGAAAGUGGUGUCUCCUCUCAGGAAAACAUGGAGCUGGAUACCAUUAAUGAGAGUCAGGAGCUCAAUACAAAUAAUCCUGAGCGAGCAUCGUUGUCACCUACAGAGUUCAACUGCCCUUCUGGUAUACUUACACGCCUGUUGUCCCUGGCUGGCCAUAUAGCCCUACGUCAUCUUGUACAUCUUGAUGUCGCAGUUUUUGGUGAAUUAAAGCGACGUAAUGCUAUUCAUGAAGAAGAAAAAAAUAACAAGAAGAUGAAGGUCAAUUAUAGUGCAAGUGCAACCCCUAUGAAUAAAGCAAAGGACUCUGCUAAUGGUGAGACGAUUGAUGAAGAGAUGGGACUGGCUGGUGCUACAGCAGAUGAUGCCGAGGCUGAGUACAUCAGGAGAGUCUGUGAACAUGACAUUGUUACAGGUUCUAACUUGUUGGCAGUAUUGAAGCCUCUCAUAGUGACUGUUUGUAACAACCAGGUUAAAUACCCUGACCCAGAACUGCGAACUGCAGCUACACUGGCCCUUGCCAAGUUUAUGAUGGUCAGUUCUGAGUUCUGUGACAGCCACCUCCAGCUGUUAUUUACUGUGCUUGAGAAGAGCCCUAACCCAGCAAUUAGAGCAAACACCAUUAUAGCCCUGGGGGACCUCACAUUCCGCUUCCCCAACCUCAUUGAACCAUGGACAUCUAAUUUGUAUGCAAGAUUACGUGAUGAUUCACCAAUGGUACGUAAGAAUACAUUAAUGGUUCUCACCCAUUUGAUUCUGAAUGACAUGGUCAAAGUGAAAGGUCAAAUCAGUGAGUUAGCAACAUGCAUCGUAGAUGAGGAUACAAGAAUCUCAAACCUGGCCAAGCUUUUCUUCCUUGAACUCGCUAAAAAGGGCAACGCUGUGUACAACAUCAUGCCAGAUGUCAUCUCACGUUUGUCCGACCCAGAUGUCGGAGUGGCAGAAGACAACUUCCGUAUCAUUAUGAAAUACCUAUUCUCAUUUAUCCAGAAAGAUAGACAGUGUGAGAGUCUGGUUGAGAAGCUAUGCCAUAGAUUCAGGGCUACCAGGGUUGAUCGUCAAUGGAGGGACCUGUCAUUCUGUCUGUCCAUGUUGUCAUACAACGAGCGCAGUAUACGUAAACUACAAGAGAACUUUGCCUGCUUCGGAGACAAAUUAGCUGAUGAUGAAGUCUACAACUGCUUCAUGAUUGUCAUCAAUGGUGCCAAGAAGUUUGCAAAGACAGAAAUUAAGGCUAUGGUGGAUGAGUUUGAGGAGAGGGUCACUAAGUGCCACAAUAAAGGCAUGGAUGAUGAGGAAGCCACCCAGAAAGCAAGCAAAGCCUCAAAUGCUGCUAAAAACCGCAGGAAAACACCCACAAAAACACCAGGUCGUAAAGCUAAAGGAAAAACUCCUGCAAGACGUAAGGCAACUGUAGAUACUGAAAGCGAAGAAGAUGAUGAUGUCAUACACCCAGCUCGUCGUGGUAAAAAUGCAGCACCAAAACCCAAGCCAAAAUUGUCGUUUUCAGAUAGUGAAGACAGUGAAAUUGAAUUAUUUGAUCUUGAUAAGAGCAGUUCACAACAACAAUUAAAAGGGGAAUCUGAUACAAGUAGUGAUUCGGAAAACAUCAACCCCAACAUAGAACCAGACAGUCCACCACCUCCCAUUAGGAAAUCACGAACUGCAUUGAAGUCUAAAUCCUCCACAAGUAAAACUCCAAUAAAACCUUCAAAUACUCGGAAACGUGCAGCAAAGACUUAGUAUAUAUUGUUCUUGUAUUGUUCAUAUAUCAUCAUUAAGGAUAUCACAUCAAAAAAUCAUGGCACUACAUGUAUAUACUACCUACAAAUAGCUGUAAAUAGGAUGUUAAUAUCGA